UGAAAGUGCUUGACCGGAUGCUGCUGGUCGUCUCGUGUCAAUCUGCUGCUGCGUGAACGAUGGAAAUGUCUAAUUACAAUUUUACCAAGAAUACUCUCGUAUCUAAGGUUUGGAUCGCUCUGAGACGGCUCGACUUGAAUGAUGACAGAGUGAUCGCUCUUCGAGAAGCAUCUAUUCCUCCAUCAGCUGAAGUCUCCUUGAUCGUAGAGAUUAUCACCACCACCUUCGGGCUAAUCUCCUCUGAUGUCAUAUUGAAGAUGAGGAACCACUGUGGCUGUCUGAUCCCUAUGAACAGUUCAAUUCCUGCCAACAGCAAGCACAUGCCUUAUGUGCUUGAGGUAGCCAAGGUCUUUCAGCACGUGCGUCCCAAGCCUCGAACCAUUCCCAUGACUGUUCUUAACAGGAGCAUGACGACCAGGCUGCAGACGAUUGACCGGAGGAUUGAGAAACUGGGAGAUCUUCUGCCUCAAAUUAAACUCAGGCGCAAUGAAAAGCUAAACCAGGAAAUUGAGUGUCUCGACCAGAAACUGAGGUUUCUUCAUAAGAGAUUGCAGUUUCAUGUGAUACUCUGAUGCAGGUGGCAGAUUCUCGCUGCUGGAAGGGAGUGCUGACCAGAGCCCCCCUGUGGUGAACACCAACCUUUCCAGAUAUUUCCAAAGACAACAAAACAUCUUGAAAAUGUGGUCACACUGGAUAUGAUCUGAUGUUUUGCAACUUUUUCCAUGGAUCCAUGUGUGCAAAAAACUGUAAAACUACACAUACGCUUAGACACAGUGUAUAUAUAAUCAGCAUCACCUACUGUUAGCCUUAGAGGCAUUCCUUCGAAAUGAUGUCAGCAGAUUUAUUUUUAAUUUAUGGUAUGUAAAAUAUGUAAAAACUAUUUUGCAUUUUUGAUUCUUUCAAUGUAUUGUAGUGAAAACAAGUGUGUUUUUGGCUGAAGGAUAACGAUUGACUAAAUGAUCAUUCAUAA